AAAUCUGCGUGCUCACUGCCACUCCAACCCAUUGGCAGGAUGGCAGUACCGUGCCCAACCGCACCAUUCGUGGCAACAAAAGCCCGCUCCCCCUCAAGCUUUCCCCAUCCAUGAGCAGUGAGCACCUGAUGAGCACACUGCACCAAACCGCAAUUAACUAAUCGCUUAGUCCUCACCCUAAUCGCUUGCAUAAUCACAGAUCCUCCCCUAUACAAAUUACAAACCUCCCGAUCAUUCCAGACCACCAAUCCGAGCCGCACCACUGAUCCCCAAAUCCACAUAACAAUUCUCUCCUCGCACCAACCCGGCGACCAGUCGAGCGAGCCCAGGAAGAAAACGCGCGCGCGCGCCACGACGCCGUGCUCCUGCUCUGCGCCUUGCUUAAUUACAGCGGCGCCAUCCCAGCUGGUGGCUAGCUGACGACCGACCAAGCAGCGGCAUGUCCACGGUGGACGCGACCGGGACGCCGCCGGCGCCGGCGGCGGGCCGCGGCAGGUGCUGCACCUCCGGCGCGACGCUGGAGCUGGUGGGCGCGUUCACGGCGGUGUGCCUGGUGCUGUACGGGGUGAUCCUGUACAUGAACUACCUGUACGUGCGCUGGAGCGGCCGCGACGGCGUGCACCGGACGGACUCCGGCGCGGGGCUGCCCGCGCGGAAGAGGCCCGCCGCCGGGCUUGACAAGUCGGCGCUGGCGGCCAUGCCGGUGCUCACUUUCAAGGCGGCCGCGCCCGGCGGCGAGCCCAUGGAGUGCGCGGUGUGCCUGAGCGCCAUGCAGGACGGGGACGCGGUGCGCGCGCUCCCCGGGUGCCGGCACGCGUUCCACGCCGCCUGCGUCGACGCCUGGCUCUGCGCGCGCGCCACCUGCCCCGUCUGCCGCGCGCGCCCCGCGCUGCCGCCGCCGCAGCAGGCGCCCAAGGCUGGCGCCAAGGCGGCGGCGGCGGGGUCCUCCGGCAGGCAGCCGGACCUGGAGAGCCAAGUAUAGCGCGGCCACAGCGCUGACCGUGUGCGAGCUGCUAAGGUAGGUAGCUGUUGCGUUUUGUUCCCAAUCUGCUGUCUUCUUCUUCCUCCUCGAAGAGAGUCGAUGGAUGAUUGGCUGUAGAUAGGCUCCCUGAGUACAUAAUUUUGGUGUCAAAUUCUUGUACUGGGAUGAACAAUGUCUGAACCAUGGCAUGUAAUUCCGCUCGUGCAUUGUUUGUCAGUGAAAAGUUUCUCUGAAAGCACUGUAUUAUAAUAGCAAUUAGCAUUUUACGACAGAUUUUCUGAGGAUCCUGCAAUAUUUUGCAUUGCAUCUGAACACUUGUUUUUCAGUUUCCGUGUCAA